GUCUAACAGUGGCUCCCGGCAGUCGAAGCUUCUACCAUGUCGAUCGAGCUCCUUUUCCUGCUCGCCACCUUGGCGAUCGUGUUCUACAUCUGGCAGAGGCGAGCUUUCAGUUUCUGGCAGAGUCGCGGGGUGAAGUUUAUUCGCCCGGUACCCCUUUUGGGCUGCACCAGCCAGCUCUUGACCGGACGUACAUCAUUUUUAGAGCAAAUCAAAAAGUUUCACGAGGCCCCGGGCUACGAGAAUGAGCCCUUUGUGGGCGUCUAUCUGGCCUAUCGUCCGGCUUUAGUGAUUCGCGAUCUGGACUUGAUCAAGACGGUAAUGGUGAAGAAGUUCCAGUACUUUAACAAUCGAGUGCUUCAAACGGAUCCCCACAAUGAUGCCCUGGGCUUUAACAACCUAUUCUUUGCCCGCAGUCCGGCAUGGAAGGAGUUAAGGAACAAGCUCUCACCAGUAUUUACCUCUGGAAAGAUUAAGCAGAUGUAUCCGCUUAUGGUGAAGAUUGGCAAAAACCUGGAGGACAGCGCCGACCGCCUGGGCAGCGGCUCAGUGGUCCAAAUCAAGGAUCUGUGCGCCCGCUUUACCACUGACCUGAUCGCCACUAUUGCCUUCGGGCUGGAGGCCAAUGCUCUGCAGAUCCCCAAGAGUGAGUUUUUCCAUCACAACAAGGCAGUCUUUGCGGUCAGCCUGAGCCGAGCCAUUGACUUUGCCAUCAUCUUCAUGCUGCCGGCCUUUGCGUCACUGGCCCGCGUGAAGGUCUUCUCCAAGGAUACCACCAAGUUCAUCCGUAGCAGCAUCAACUUUGUGCUAGCCGAGAGAGAGCGCACGGGGCUGAAGCGGAACGAUCUUAUUGACAUCCUGCUGGCCUGGAGAAAGGAGGCGGCUGCCAAUCCAGAGAAGAAGCAUGCGGCCAAUGACUUGGAUUACCUAGUGGCCCAGGCAGCCAUCUUUCAGACAGCCGGUUAUGAGACAAGCUCCUCCACAAUGACGCUGACCCUGUAUGAGCUAGCCCAGAAGGAGGAGCUGCAGGAUCGCCUCCGACAGGAGAUUGCAGACUUCUUCGGCGAUGAGGACCAUAUCAGCUACGAACGCAUCCAGGAAAUGCCCUACCUAUCGCAGGUGGUCAACGAGACGCUGCGCAUGUACCCAAUUGUGGGCUACGCGGAGCGUGAGUGCUCUCAGCCCGUGGAGGGCGAAAAGUUCACCCUCAGUCCCUACAGCAACUUGGAGUUGCCGCACGGCAUGCCUGUCUACGUGUCCGCCUUGGCCAUUCAUCGCGACCCGAAGUAUUGGCCAGAGCCGGAUAAGUUUGACCCGGAACGCUUUGCUCCCGAGAAUCGGGACAACAUUAACAUGGAUGCCUAUAUGCCCUUCGGCGUGGGUCCGCGCAACUGCAUCGGCAUGCGUUUGGGUCUUCUUCAGUCUAAGCUGGGCCUUGUGCACCUGUUGCGCAAGCACCGAGUCCACACCUGCGACCAGACCACCAAGACGAUUGAGUUGGCCGCCAUCAGUCCGGUGAUUGCCUCGAAGAAUGACAUUGCCCUGCGCCUGGAAAAGGUUUCGGGGUAAUGAUUUGAUUUGAAUUUAAUGAAAUAGAUCAAUUCUAAAUAUUGUUGUUAUUAAAACAAAAAAAUUUGUUAUCCAAAGAAUGAAAGGGA